AUGGGCUCAGUCCACCCCGACACACCGGCUCUCGCCACCGAUCCCAAGUUCAUAUUCUUCACAGACUUUGACGGCACCGUUACCACGGCCGACUCGAACGACUUUAUGACGGACAACCUUGGCUUCGGCGUCGAGAAGCGCCGCCAAGGCAACAAGGAUGUUCUCAAUGGCAAAAUGCACUUUCGCGACUCCUUCCGGGAGAUGAUGGGCAGCAUUACCACGCCUUACAACGAGUGCAUCGAGAUACUCUUGAGCAAUAUCAUGCUUGAUCCCGGUUUCAAGGAGUUUUACGACUGGUCGCGCGAGAACAAUGUUCCCAUAGUUAUCCUCAGCGGCGGCAUGGCACCCAUCAUACGCGCCUUGUUAGACAAGCUGCUGGGGCCGGGAUGGGAUAUCCAGAUCGUCAGCAACGAUGUGAGACCGCGAGAGGGGAAGAAUAUCAACGAAGAGGGAGGCUGGAGAAUCGAAUUCCACGAUGCUAGCGUCCAUGGUCAUGACAAGUCUAUCGAAAUCCGAAAGUACUCCUCGUUGCCCAAUCGUCCAACCAUGUUCUACGCGGGUGACGGCGUUUCCGAUCUAUCUGCCGCCAAGGAAACUGAUUUGCUUUUUGCCAAGGCUGGUAAAGACCUGGUCACAUGGUGCGAGAACGAGAGCGUCCCCUUUGUCACCUUUACAGACUGGAGCAGCAUCUCCCAAACCGUCAAGGAUAUCGCUGCUGGGAAGAUGACCGUUCAGGAGGCUGCCAAGGGUCGCAUAUGA